CCUAAUUGACUAAUUCACCAGGUGUCCAUUCAUCACCACUCCACAUAAACCUAUACACUAGGUAAGCAAGAUCAAGAAUCACAUCUUGCAUUUGCUUCUUGCACAACAAUUUCCACCUUUUUUUAUAAAAGAAACUUCAAUGUUCAAAUGUCUGAAACUAUUAGUUCAUAAAUUUCAAACCCCACCCAAUCCGGAAACCAAAAAUUUCCCAAUUGUCCAUUUCCCCUCCAAUGCAUCUUCUUCCCUCCAAAUCACCAUUUCCAAAGCUCCUUCUCCUUAUUCUUCUUCGCCUUCUUCUUCCAAUCUGAACCCUACCCAACACCAUCGCCAACAAGAACACCACCUUCUUCUAUAACACUACCAUGAAUUCUCUCUUUUCGCCGGAAAACCUUCCUCCACCACCGGGAAUCCCAAUCCCCGCCACAAUUGCCGCCGCCAGCACCACCACCCCAAACCCAAUUCUAAUCCCAAAGCUGGAACCUUUCGAUGAAUGGCUCAACACCCACACACCCCAACAACAGCAACAAUCUCAGGACCCCAAUUCUUCAAAUGGGUCCCUCGACCUCGACCUUAAGCUCUUCGGCGACGAAACCCCCGAAGAUUUCUCCGGCGACCCUAACUUGCUCUCCGACUUCAACCGUCUCUCUCAGCUUUUCAGAACCGCUUUCUCCAACAACAACGCCGUUCCCGACCCCAUCACCCAAGGGAUCCAGCAGCUCGGAAACGACGCCGUUUCCAACCCCUUUGCCAAACCCCCCCAAAACGAAACCACCGUGGUUCCACCGCCGAGCUUCCAAAACGGCACCGUUUCGGACCCCGGGAUGCUGCUGCAGCAGCAGCAGCAGUAUCCGAACGGCGCCGUUUCAGACCCAGAUUCGCGGGCAAUUGUGCCGGUCCCGGAGGACGGGCGGUCCUCCUCGGUGGCGGUCACCACGCCGCGGCAGCCGCGGCGCUGCAAAGAGCUGGUCCGCCUGAUGGAUGUCGGCGGGCCGGAGCAGCGUCACUUCCGGGACGUGGUCCGGCGGACGAGGAUGCUUUACGACUCCCUUCGCGUCCUGGCGACGGUGGAGGACGAGGGCCGGGUGGAUGCCCGGCGGGGGCGCAGCGAUUUGCGUGCCUCGGCGGUGAUGAGGAACUGUGGCCUGUGGCUGAACCGUGACAAGAGAAUUGUUGGUGCAAUUCCCGGUGUCUGCAUUGGUGAUGUGUUCCUUUAUAGGAUGGAGUUGUGUGUUGUUGGCCUUCAUGGUCAGCCUCAGGCUGGGAUUGAUUAUCUCCCUGCCAGCAUGAGUUCCAAUGGUGAACCAAUUGCCACUAGUGUCAUUGUUUCUGGUGGUUAUGAGGAUGAUGUUGAUGAGGGUGAUGUUAUCAUUUACUCUGGCCACGGUGGCCAGGACAAGCAUUCUAGGCAGGUUUUCCACCAGAAGCUUGAGGGGGGAAAUCUUGCAAUGGAGAGGAGUAUGCACUAUGGGAUUGAGGUCAGGGUUAUUCGUGGGGUGCGGUAUGAGGGUGCUGCCUCUGCUACCGGGAGGUUGUAUGUGUAUGAUGGGUUGUAUAGGAUUCAUGAGUGCUGGUUUGAUGUGGGGAAGUCGGGUUUCGGGGUUUAUAAGUAUAAGCUGUGUAGGAUUGAUGGGCAGGCUAAGAUGGGGACUGUGGUGAUGAAGGAGGCGCUUAUGCUUAGGAAGGAUCCCUUGAGUUUCAAACCCAUGUGUUGUUUGUCUCUUGAUGUUUCGAAUAGGAAGGAAAAUGUGGCCAUUCGGCUUUUUAACGACAUUGAUCGUAACUAUGACCCUCUGCAGUAUGAGUAUCUUGUGAAGACAAAUUUUCCGCAGUUUGUCUUUCAUCAGAGUGGGAGGGGGACGGGUUGUGAGUGUGUGGAUGGGUGUGUUGAGGGGUGCUUUUGUGCUAUGAAGAAUGGAGGGGAUUUUCCUUAUAAUCAGAGUGGGAUUCUCUUGAGAGGGAAGCCUUUGGUUUUUGAGUGUGGCCCGUUUUGUCAUUGUCCUCCUCAUUGUCGAAACCGUGUCACGCAGAAGGGGUUGAAAAAUAGGUUGGAAGUGUUUAGAUCUAGGGAAACUGGUUGGGGAGUUAGGUCCUUGGACCUUAUUCAAGCUGGUGCUUUUAUAUGUGAGUACACGGGGGUUGUUCUCACUAGGGAUCAAGCACAGCUUUUGACAAUGAAUGGUGAUUCGUUGAUAUAUCCGAAUCGGUUUACUGAUAGGUGGGCAGAAUGGGGGGACUUAUCUAUGAUUGACUCCAAUUAUGUGCGUCCAUCGUAUCCGUCAAUACCUCCUUUGGAUUUUGCUAUGGAUGUGUCAAGAAUGAGGAAUGUUGCUUGCUAUAUGAGUCAUAGUUCGACUCCCAAUGUGUUGGUUCAGUUUGUUCUCUAUGAUCACAAUAAUUUGAUGUUCCCUCACCUUAUGCUAUUUGCGAUGGAGAGCAUCCCUCCGAUGAGAGAGCUCAGCCUUGAUUAUGGGGUAGCUGAUGAGUGGACAGGAAAGCUCUCUAUAGGUAACUGAACAAUUUUGGGAGUUUCAUACACUUUAUAAUAUACUGAAGCUGAGUUUUGGGCAUUGUUUGCAGAGAGAUAGUCAAGUUGAUGCAGCACAACUUUCACAAGUUUUCAACCCCGCCAAUUUACAAGGAACAGUAGUAGAAUUGCUUGCUAUUUACGGUGUCAGGAUAUCAAAAUUCAAAUAUAAAGAAAUGUCUAUUACGUUAUUCUAUCUAACUGUUGGUGGCUAGUACACGGUGUGCCUUUGUGUUGAGAAAGAUCAGGAAUUGAAGUUGCCAAGUCUGCUUAAUCUUGAAGACUUCUGUAGUUUUCUCACUUGUUGAUGUCAUUUGUUUUUUCUGUAAUUGAUGUCUUCCUCAUCUCGGCGAAGCAUUUUCACACACAUUUUUGUAAGCACUAAUAGUGCAAGCUGUAUUAACUCUUUCUUCUUUUGGAGUACUUUGUAUAUAGUAUAAGUUCAAAACUUGUAUAGGUUUUGUAUUAGUGACUGGUAUCGGAUGCAGCAUUUUAAUUAGUUUAGAACUGGGUAAAUUGGGCAUCUGGUUAUUAAGAUAAUAGGAUAUAGCCAUUGUUGCUAAUGAUCUUGUAUGAGGAAAGUCAAUUAUGAUGAAAUGGACAAUUUGGUUAUGAAUUUCACCCAAUAAGGUUGUAGAACAUCUA